AUGCUACAGGACCUCCAAGAUUCGCCUUUCCGCGGCAUGGGAUUGCCCAGCCGCGAGGAGAUCGACGCGGUAUUGAAGGUCCAGAAGAAAGAGGACAGCAGCGUGACGGCGAAGAUCCAGGGCAAGCAAUCGAGUCCGUCUUCUGCGCAUGCCGGCGAGCCCCACGGAAGCCCACGGUGGCCCGUUCACAGAGGCGAAAUAUCGCCAGAAGGGGUCGGUCCGGGCGGACGGAUGCGGCUCGAGCUCGGACGUUAUGCAACAUACGUCGAUGUGGCCUUGGGCCUCACAAGGCACUGGACUCUGAACAAGCUCCAGUCGAUGGCAGUCUUGCUACCGGCGGCGUUCCUCGACGAGCGCGGCACGCGGCUGCAGGAAGAGGGAGGUCCGCAGCAUUUCCAAUACGUCGGCGGCGAGGGCGGCACAGGCAAGUCCCGCGUCAUACACGCCAUCAAGGACAUGUUCCGACUGAAGGACGGUCUUCACACGCUACUCCUGACGGGCGCCAGCGGUAACGCGGCCGCGCUUAUCGGCGGAGUGACGCUGCACUCGGCGGCGAACAUUGCAUUCGAGGGCAGGGCAGCGACAGCAAAGAACGUCUCAGAAGAAGAGAAGCUGCGGUGGAAAAACAUGAUCAUGCUGGUUAUCGACGAGAUCAGCCAGGUGGGCGGUCUCACGCUCGCGGCGGUGGACAGCCGCCUGAAGCAGUACAGAGACGACCAGCAUCGACCGUUCGGCGGGAUCCCAAUGGUCAUGUUCUUCGGGGACUUCUUCCAGUUCGACCCCGUCCUGCAGACCAGCCUCCUCUUGCCAACGCCUAGGGACCGCGGCGGACAGAGACCAGAGAGCUUGGCAAAGCACCUAGCUGCGCAUAGGCUGUUCCUCCAGUUCACGAACGUCGUCAUCCUCCGCGAACAGGUCCGCGCAGCCGGCUGUCCAAGGCUGCGGGGCUUCCUCCGGCGCCUGCGCAACGGUGAUCAGACCGAGCUGGACUUCCAGCAGCUAUGCCACCGCCUCCAUACACCGUCGUGCGAGUCCUCCUUCGUAGAUGGCUUGAGAGCCAUCACGCCUCUGAACCAAGACCGGUGGGACCUGAACAUGGCGGCCGUCGUCCAGUGGGCUCGUGCCCACGGCAAGCACAUCUCCAUCUUUGUGGCCAAGCACGAUACUGAGUCGGGGAAACGACUGAGUGCGGGGGACCUAUGCCGUGUGCUCCGCUACGGAGACGACUCACAGCUGCCAACCCCCGGCCUGUUCUUCUACGCGCAGAGCAUGCCGGUCGUGGUGACUCGGAACCAGUUUGUCGGGCUGAAGGUGGUCAACGGCGCACCUUUCAAGGCCGUCGACAUCUUUCCCGACCUCGCCGCCGGCACCAUCGCCCUCGCCAGCGAUGUGACUCUUCAUCUUGGACCGCCGGUGGCCGUCCUCCUUCAGUCGGACGAUAGCGCGGACCUCGCCAUCCCCGGGCUCCCCAAUGGCACCAUUUUAAUCAAGAGCAAGACGGUCGCCAUCCCGAGCCAAAUGCGGGGCAAAGAAGGCAGAUGGAGGGGCAAGCCGGGUUUCAGGUGGGUCACCCACCGAACGGGGCCUCUUUGCACCCCGGCCUUCGCUAUGACAGAUCAGAAGAGCCAAGGCAAGCAGUUCUCCAACGUCCUCAUCAACCUCAAAGGCGUCCACUCGAGUGGCACGGCGACGCGGCCCAGCUUCAUGAGCCUGUACGUGCAGCUGUCGAGGGCGCAGAGCUGGGACGGGCUGCAUCUGUUUCGGAAACCGGCGCGCGGUGACUUUAUCGAACCCAAGAACGUGCUUGAUAAAGACAUGAAGGAGGCCAUCCUCAAGCGGGAACGACAGGGCGAGAAAACCAGACGGCGGUUCGAGCAGGACCACAGGCACGAACCGUGGUUCCAGGAAUGGGACGCCAUGGCCGAAUCAGCGCAGGCCACUGAAGCCGCUGACGAACAAGCGGGCAAAUGGCAAAAGAGGAGCCGAGAAAGCCGAGAAACCGGCAAAAGUGAAGCUGAUCCGAUCCAGGCUCGAACUGGAGACCUUCACUUGCUCGUUCCGCCGUUUCAUGGGAAUCCCAAUCCCACAGGAGUGACCGUGCCCGCUGCGCGCGGGCACGCCAAAGGAAGCCUGGAGGAACUUGCCGGCUGCAGUCGCGCCCUCUUUUUUCCCGCUGUAGACCUCUUGCUUCUGAUUGGCUCGGGAGAGGGUUAUCGCCCGUUUGGCGGGAUCCCAAUGGUCCUGUUCUUCGGGGACUUCUUCCAGUUCGACCCCGUCCUGCAGACCAGCCUCCUCUUGCCGGCGCCCAGGGACCGUGGCGGACAGAGACCGGAAAGCUUGGCGAAGCAUCUCGCAGCGCACAGGCUGUUCCUCCAGUUCACAACCGUUGUCAUCCUCCAGGAGCAGUGGGCUCGUGCCCACGGCAAACACAUCUCCAUCUUUGUGGCCAAGCAUGACACCGAUUCGGGGAAGCGACUAAGUGUGGAAGAGCUGUGCCGCGUGCUUCGCUACGGAGACGACUCCCAGUUGCCAACCCCGGGCCUGUUCUUCUACGCUCAAGGGAUGCCGGUGGCGGUGACUCGGAACCAGUUUGUCGGGCUAAAGGUAGUCAACGGGGCGCCUUUCAAAGCCGUCGACAUCUUUCCCGACCUCGCCGCCGGCACCAUCGCGCUCGCCAGCGAUGUGACUCUUCAUCUUGAACCGCCGGUGGCCGUCCUUCUUCAGUCAGACGAUAGCGCGGGCCUCGCCAUCCCCGGGCUCCCCAAUGGCACCAUCCUGAUCAAGAGCAAGACGGUCGCUAUCUCGAGCCAAAUGCGGGGCAAGGAAACCAGAUGGAGGGGCAAGCCGGGUUUUCGGCGGGUUACCCAUAGAACAGGACCUCUUUGUACGCCGGCCUUCGCCAUGACGGAUCAGAAGAGCCAGGGAAAACAAUUCUCGGACGUCCUCGUCAACCUCAAAGGCGUCCACUUUGGCGGCACGGCGACUCGGCCCAGCUUCAUGAGCCUGUACGUGCAGCUGUCGAGGGCGCAGAGUUGGGACGGGCUGCAUCUGUUUUGGAAACCGGCGCGCGGUGACUUUAUCGAACCCAAGAACGUGCUUGAUAAAGACAUGAAGGAGGUCAUCCUCAAGCUGGAACGGCAGGGCGAGGAAACCAGACGGCGGUUCGAGCAGGACCACAGGCACGAACCGUGGUUCCAGGAAUGGGAUGCCAUGGCCGAAUCAGCGCAGGCCGGUGAAGCCGCUGACGAACAAGCGGAUGCGUCGCUCUAG